AAUCAGAUGAUCAACAACUCGAUCAAGCAAAAAGUAAUCCUACUAAAGAUUUAGAUAGAGAAAUGAAAAUAGAAACAGAUUCUUCAAGCAUAGUUACUAUAACCUCUAAACUUAAAGAAAAUAUAUCUAAUACUGAGAAGGCAGAAACUAUAUCUGUGUUAACAAAGAAGAAAAAAGAAAAUAAAAGAAAGCUUCAAACAAUGGAAUCUAACUAG